AUGUUGACCCGGACACCCCUCUUGACCCUGGCCGCCGUGGCACAGGCUGUCAUCAUUGAAUACCGCUUUGAUCUGUUGACUGGCGCCGGGUCUUGUAGUGAUGACUAUGUCACAAACCUCGACUCAUAUCUAGAGGACACCGGCACACUCAUCACCUCCUUCAAGGACGCCAUGACAGCGGCCCUGAAAGCCGACGAUGGCGGGACUGCAGGCAGGGAUGGUUAUGUGGCCCGGCGGCUGUUCACCUCCUGGUUUGGAAUCCAGUUCACCAACGCCCUGAAAGAGACCCCGGCGCCGACGAGCGAAACCAAGGCCAUCUGGACCCAGAUGGAAGCUGCGGUCGACAACGUGUACGACUUCCUCGUCGGCUCCGGCAUGACCGGCCCAGGCCUCACGGACGACCUGCCCUGGCUGGCGUGCUCGGGCGAGUUCGCGCAGCGGUACGACUGGGACGCGAGCGCGUUCGCCGAGGAUGGCGAGGAGAUCGACAUCGACGAUGAGAUCCAGUCGAUCAACGAGAUCUUUCCCGAAAGCGACAGCACCGUUCCCUACUGGAUGUCCGAAAAGAAGGCGUAUGAGAUGCUGGAGGACUACUACGCGGACAACCUGUGUGACGCAUUCACCCUCAACGGCAAGCAGGAUACCCUGGCGGGCCUGACCUUCCCCGGGGCGACGGCGUACAGCACAACCGUCCUGGGAAGCGCCGUCAAAUACCUGGCCAAGGCGCCUGGCAUCUUGCUGUGCCCGAGGGUCUUCAGCACCACCACCAACAAGAUCAAUGUCUUGUCCGAUAUCACCUACCAGGACCCCGACAGCAAGGCCGAGAUCUCCACCAUCAUCCCACAGGGCUCUGCCACCCUGCUGCAUGAGAUCUUCCACCUGGUCAAUUACUGGACUGAGAAAACGGGCGCCACCGACGCAUCCGAUGUGGUCGUCUCCAGUGCCAAAGUGGUCGAUAUCUCCUACGAUGCGCGCAAAUGCCUCCAGCUCGCCCAGGGCUCCCUGGCUUCCUACCAGGCAAUCGACUCGACCAUCAAUUCUCAGUCCUACAUCUUCUUCGUUCUCUCCUACUGGUACUACCAGCAAAGCUUCCUCGUCGCCGACACCACGGACCAGUAUGAAGUCCCGGGCACUUUCUACAUGGGUUACGUCGUCAAGUGGAACUGGAAAGAAUAG